CACCGCGAGGGGGCGCCAUGAGAGGCGCUGCCGGUACCAUGGCCUGGGCCGGCGGCGGCUCCCUGGGCUUCCUGGCCUGGCUCUUGCUUUUCCAAACUCAGCUCACGGAGGCCCAGGAAGCCCGGGCGGGGACUCAGACGCCACCUUUCCCGUCACCUCUCCUCUCAGAGGGCCACAGCAGAGACCCUAGAGCCAGCUGGUGGGAACCGCUGGCUCUAGGGGUCUCGGGAUCCCUGUCGACCCCCAAGGCUGGGGAGAACAACCUGAGUUUGUUGGCCUUUGACUCAGACUGUGGCGGAUCACUUGUGAAGAUCGUGGGUGGAGCAGAAGCCAUGGAGGGGAAGUGGCCCUGGCAGGUGAGCGUGCGGUUCGAAGACAAGCACUUGUGCGGAGGCUCUCUGAUCACCUCACAGUGGGUGCUGACUGCGGCCCACUGCAUUUUAAGUAAGACCCGUUACAGUGUCAAAAUGGGUAGUCGAAGCAUCCAUAAGGAAGACAUCAGCCUGGUGAUACCUAUCCGGAAAAUCGUUGUACACCCUGGCUUCAGAAAAACUAGAACCGUGAGAAACGACAUCGCCCUUCUCUUCCUCUUCCAACCAGUGAAUUUUACCUCUGCCAUUCAAACAAUCUGUGUCCCUUCAGAGAUCUUCUGGGUGGAAGCUGGGACCAACUGCUGGGUGACUGGAUGGGGCAAAACAUCACAGCACGCGAGUGCCAAGCCUGCAGAGAUGCUGCAGGAGGUGGAGCAGGAGAUCAUCCACUACAAACAGUGUAAUGAGAUGCUAAAGAACGCCUCACUCUCCAACAAAGACCUAGUCGUGGAGGGCAUGAUCUGUGGCUAUAAGGAGGGAGGAAAGGAUGCCUGUCAGGGAGAUUCUGGGGGCCCCAUGAUGUGUGAAUUUAAUAAAACGUGGGUCCAGGUGGGGAUUGUGAGCUGGGGCAUUGGUUGUGGUCGUGAAAAACUUCCUGGAGUCUAUACAGAUGUUCGCUUCUACAGUAAGUGGCUGAUCUCAGUGGUGAACCAGGCUGCCCAUAUCUAUCCAGGGGUCUUUCUCUGCCUCCUCCUGGGUCUGGUGCUGCUCUAUAGCAUAGCAUCCUGGUGAUCUUGGAACAAGGUCACCAUCACAUCCACUCCCCUCCUGCUUCUGAGUCUCACACUUCCAUGUCCUCUCCCUCCCAACCUCGCAUUUCUUUCCAAUGAUCUUGCCUCACAUUCUGGUUUGGGAUCUAUCAACUCCAUGGAGAUUCAUAUAGUAAAGUGU